CAUAUCUCGGUCUAUGUUGGUUUGUUUUGCAGCUAGCAAGAACAUCAAAUCAUGGCUCAUAAACGGAGCUAAAAAUGAUUUAUUAGCCUUCCGUACACUAUUUUAAAGUAAUGGUUUGAAUCGUGUACAGUCAUUUAUGUGUCGCAGCAUAAAUGUCUUUGUAAAUUAGUCGUCGCUAUGUUCCGAGCGGAGGCCUUUUUGUAAACCAGCGGCUCACCAGGUCUUUACCAGACCGAGCAUUUUUUUUAUUUUUUUGGUCGAAAUCAAGGCAAACAUGGACACGGAUAAGUUUAAUUAUGUUUACAGUUGCGAUUUGGACAUCAACGUUCAACUCAAAAUAGGAAGUUUAGAAGGUAAACGAGAGCAGAAGAGCUACAAAGCCCUCCUGGAAGACCCCAUGCUGCGAUUCUCCGGCCUCUACCAGGAGAACUGCUCAGACCUCUACGUCACCUGCCAGGUGUUCGCUGAGGGCAAACCUCUGGCCCUGCCCGUCCGUACCUGCUACAAAGCCUUUAGUACUCGCUGGAACUGGAAUGAGUGGUUGCGGCUGCCGGUCAAGUACCCGGACCUCCCACAAGGUGCACAGGUGGCCCUCACUGUGUGGGACAGCUUCGGGCCUGGGAAGGCCGUACCUGUUGGCGGUACCACCGUCACACUUUUUGGCAAAUAUGGAAUGUUCCGACAAGGCAUGCACGACCUGAAGGUUUGGCCCGGUGUGGAGGGCGAUGGUGCAGAGGGCACCAGCACACCUGGACGCACCAACAGCAGUCUGACAGAGGACCAGAUGGGAAGACUGGCCAAGCUGACCAAGGCCCAUCGGCAGGGUCACAUGGUGAAGGUGGACUGGCUGGACCGCUUAACCUUCAGAGAGAUCGAGAUGAUCAAUGAGAGUGAGAAGCGCAGCUCCAACUUCAUGUACCUCAUGGUGGAGUUCCCUCGAGUUAAAACAAAUGAAAAAGAGUACAGCAUUGUCUACUAUGAAAAAGAUGUAGAUGAUGCAGCACCCUUGUCUACCAGCUGUGAAAUUGUUAAAGUUCCUGACCCACAGAUGGGGAUGGAGAACCUGGUGGAGAGCAAGCAUCACAAACUGGCCCGCAGCCUCCGCAGUGGACCCUCCGAUCACGACCUGAAGCCCAACGCUGCGACGCGUGACCAGCUCAACAUCAUUGUGAGCUACCCUCCCACCAAACUUCUGAGUUCAGAGGAGCAGGACCUGGUGUGGAAGUUCAGAUAUUACCUCACCAUGCAGGAAAAGGCUCUGACAAAGUUCCUCAAGUGUGUCAACUGGGACUUGCCUCAGGAGGCCAAGCAGGCACUGGAGCUGCUGGGCAAGUGGAGGCCAAUGGAUGUAGAAGACUCGCUGGAGCUGCUGUCCUCGCAGUUUACUAACCCGACAGUGCGACGCUACGCUGUGGCACGGCUACAACAGGCAGAUGACGAGGACCUGCUGAUGUAUCUGCUGCAGCUGGUGCAGGCGCUCAAGUAUGAGAACUUCAGUGACAUUCAAGGAGGCCUGGAGCCAGGCAGCAAGAGAGACGGCCAAGGACUUUCAGAUGACUCCACACUGGACAGUUCCCGGAUCCUGACGGCCACAUUUGGACCCCCCUCCGCCACCCAGAAAGCCAAAGAAGGGGCAGACAGUGAAAACCUGGAGCAAGACCUGUGCACCUUCCUCAUCUCGCGCGCUUGCAAGAACUCCACCCUGGCCAACUACUUGUACUGGUACGUCAUAGUGGAGUGCGAGGACCAGGACACGUUGCAGAGAGAUCCCAAGACGCACGAGAUGUACCUGAACGUCAUGAGGCGGUUCAGCCAGGCACUGCUUAAGGGCGAUAAGAGCGUGCGGGUGAUGCGCUCGCUGUUGGCUACGCAACAGACCUUUGUGGACCGGCUGGUGCAGCUGAUGAAGGCUGUGCAGAGAGAGAGCGGCAAUCGCAAAAAGAAGACUGAAAGGCUACAGGUGCUGCUGGCCGACAACGAGAAGGUGUAUCUCUCCGAAAUCGAGCCCAUUCCGCUUCCUCUGGAGCCUCAGAUCAGGAUAAGAGGAAUCGUCCCUGAGACGGCGACACUCUUCAAGAGCGCUCUGAUGCCGGCCAAGCUGAUCUUUAAAACGGAGGACGGCGCCAUGUACCCGGUCAUCUUUAAGCACGGCGAUGACUUGAGACAAGACCAGCUCAUCCUCCAGAUCAUCUCCCUUAUGGACAAACUGCUGAGGAAGGAGAACCUGGACCUGAAGUUGACGCCCUACAAAGUGUUGGCCACCAGCACCAAGCAUGGUUUUAUGCAGUUUGUCCAGUCUGUUCCAGUCGCUGAAGUACUGGCCACUGAAGGCAACAUCCAGAGCUUCUUCAGGAAACAUGCGCCAAAUGAGAAAGGUCCUUACGGCAUCAGCUCCGAAGUGAUGGACACCUAUGUGAAGAGCUGCGCUGGUUACUGCGUCAUCACGUACAUCCUGGGAGUAGGAGACCGACACCUGGACAAUCUGCUCCUCACCAAGACCGGGAAGCUCUUCCACAUUGACUUCGGUUACAUCCUGGGUCGCGAUCCCAAACCGCUGCCGCCGCCCAUGAAGCUGAGCAAGGAGAUGGUCGAGGGCAUGGGAGGCAUGCAGAGCGAGCAGUACCAGGAGUUCCGGAAGCAGUGUUACACCGCCUUCCUGCACCUGAGGAGGUACUCCAACCUGAUCCUCAAUCUCUUCUCACUCAUGGUGGAUGCCAACAUUCCCGACAUUGCCUUGGAGCCAGACAAGACGGUCAAGAAGGUGCAGGACAAGUUCAGACUGGACUUGUCGGACGAGGAGGCCGUCCAUUACAUGCAAAGUCUGAUUGACGAGAGCGUGGGCGCCUUGUUUGCCGCUGUGGUGGAACAGAUACACAAGUUUGCUCAAUACUGGCGCAGGUGAGCUGGGACGAGGGCCCUAAAGCGAAGCCGGAAAAGGCAAAGAAGGCGCGACUGACCAACCUGCAAGGUUACUAACAAGGAGACAGGUUUUUAUGUUUUAAAUGUACAACCUAAUAAAAGUAAAUUAUACAAGC